CCACAACACUGUUUUGUCUGAAGAAAUUUGAAUACCUCGUGUUUGGGCUGCGCUUCAUAAUGAACUCUCACAGCAUUUUAAGAGAACUCAAUAAAAUGCCAAACAAAAUCAGAGUGGAUGCUUUGUCCUGGCAUCAGGCUGUGCUAAAUGGAGGCAAUCAUAUGAAACUUUACUCCGUUUUGUGUGCGAAAAUCUUUGCGAACGAAACUCAAUUGGGAACUGCGAAAACCGAACGAAAACUGCGCCAUAUUAAGAAGCGAAUACAUCGACUCUUCAAGCGACUCGAUAAGAGCUACAAACGCCUAAAACAAACUUUGGCUCAGCUCAGCAACAUUCAGCUGCGAACCGAGCGCAUGUUUCGGCGCGUCCGUCUCUGGAACGAUGAUGAACUAGUCCGUGAACAUUGCAUUACAUGGGAGCUGACGACUUCCAAGCUGCUGGAAUUCCUGGAAUUUCUAACGCGGCGCUAUGACUACGAAUGGGAGAUCAAGGAAAUGGUCAUACUUGGGCUAGAAAAGGUGAGCUGCAACUAUGAUGCGCAAAUACUGCUGCAAGCUUGGCUGGACAAUAGCCAUGCGGGUGGACCGGAAUUCGAGUGCAAGCUAACCGACUUCUAUCGGUCCAUGGGCCAGCGUCAAACAACAUCCCAGCAUUGUGCCAAAUGCGUCUGAUCCAUUUGUCAACACUGUAAAGAUUUCAGUGCUGUGUAACAGCUGGCCGAGAUGAAAGCUUUGCUCUAAAUGGAAUUUCACAUGCAAAAAACGUAUGUUCCUUUAUCAAUACUAGAAAUACAAGCAAUAUUGUUUAAAAUUUU